AUGUUCUACCACUACGCCACCGCAGGCUCGCGUACAUUCGCUUUCACAUUGGCCGAGACGGUCAAAGCCCACGACGUAACAUAUGGACUGUCUUUGAACGCCCGUGAACUCAUCCCAGGAGUGGAGACUCUCCUUGGACCCUGCUUCAACUGCAGUCCCAUCAGAGUGCAAUUGCAGCAGAAUUGGACGGUCCGUGACCUCUGUCGGAGCUUACAGGAGAGCUGUACCUUGGCCUCCCGUCACGGAUACGUCGAACUGUCCGACAUCAUUGCUAAUUGCACUGACUGGCCGGCGGGGAGUGACUACGGCUGGUACUUGGAUAAUUUCCCUACGCAAAGUAUUCCAUCGUGCUCGCUCAAUGACGCCGAAGUUUUGCAAUAUUCAAUGGACGGCCGGGGCGAUUUGCCGCAUCAGCUGCGAGUUCGUUCAUUCGUUGAUGAGCGAACCUGGGAAAUACAGGUGCUUACUUCGAGCAAUGUGAUGGGCAAUGAGCAGGCUUCUGUGUUGGCUUCAAUGCUUUUGCAAAUUGGGCAAAGAUUCUCGCAGUCCCCAGAAGUCGCCUUGUCUUCACCCCUUUUGCGCGACGGUUGUGUUGAUGGAGCAGUGGAUGGUGUGGCGUUUUCAGUUGCCCGAGAUGAGAACGGGAUUCGCCAGGAAAUUCCGGUCUGA